AAUAUUUUUAAAUAUUAGGGUAUUUAAAAUAUUAUAUUUUGAAUGACAGAAGAAACCAUAUCCCCUUUUAAGUUUAUUGUUAAAUAUAAGCAUGAAGAUAAAAAAAUACGUAAACUUCAUUCUAAAUCAUUUAAAACACUAGUCAAAAGCGAAUCAAACACAGAUUGCAUAUCAAAAGAUCUUAAGAAAUUAAAAUUUCUGUCUGUUCACAAUACUCCUUUAAUUCAUAAAAAAUCAGAAAACUUAAAUAAAUUUCUACAUAUUCAAAAAUUUAAAAAUAACGGAUCUUUACUAUGCAACAAAGAGGAAUCAAAACAAAAUAAUAGCACUAUCAAGCGACAAAGAAUCAUAUACGAUGAUAAUAUUCAAUUUGAUGAUAAAGAAUUUCCUAUUAUUUCUACCAACGCCAAUAACAAUUAUAUUAAAGAAAAAAUAAAAAAACCAUUUAUAACAUACAAUUCAAACAAAAUCGUAGAAAAAUGCACAAAUUAUAAUUUUUUAUCAUACAUUUUUUCAAAUUUUAAACCAAAUGUAAAUACUAAACCAGCAUGUUUAUUCGCAAAGACACUUAUGUCAUCUUCAUCUAAUAAUACAACAAACAAAGAAAAUUCUCUUUUAUUAGACUGGUCUCCAUCAAAGAAAAAGAAUACACCGUUUUUAGAGAAAGGUCUUGCAAAAACAGUAUUAGACUGGAUAAUAGAAUACCAAUUGCAAAAUACAUUGCAUAAUUAUUCUAAUACUAAAAUAAAAGAAUAUACAUUUGUAAUUACAGAAACAAAAAAGGAUACAAAUAUGAAUAAUAUAUAUUUUUAUGGCUAUGAAGAAUCUGCAAAGAUAAUCGAAAUAUUAUUUCUUUUAACAGAAAAAUACUUGGAACAAAAUAAAAUAAAUGAAGGGACACUGUUAUUACUACACGAACCAAUAACUAGAUUUCAAAACAUUUUUCCUCAAAACAUUAUAAUAUGUAUCAAUUGGAAUCAUAAAAAUUAAAAUAAAUCACAAUUCUAAGGGUUUAGACUAUAAUAUUAUUA